UAAAGGGGAGCACAGCUGCAGAGCAGAUCCAGUUCUCUCCCUGUGUGGACCCUCCGUCUGCCUUUUCCUUUCUGYACGGAACCGAACCGUUCGAAACAACUUUUCCGUCCUGCACGGACGGUGCAUCUAUUUGCUCCGUCUGUCGCUCCAUUUACAAGCAUGACCGCACAACGUGUUCACAGUAAAAAGCGACCUGCAGAUCAACAUCAAGGUCCCAGUAGUUGAACUAAACCAGACGCAAGAGAAGGGAUUUUUGUCACCUCCCACUAUUUAUCCGGCCCUUCUUGUUAAAAUGGAGCUUUCAUUGCAGGGUUCCACUUCAUCUGCACCACUCUACAACACCAGCAUGCCAUUCAAUGGCUCAAGGAACAACACUGUUGAGCAGUUUACAGAAAUCAAUCUUUUUGAAGUCCUCGGUCCCAAGCGAUCCCCCUUUUUUUUCCCUGUGACCACAGUUUACCUUUUAAUCUUCCUCACCGGGUUGUCUGGAAAYCUUCUCACAUGUGCAGUGAUUGCAAAGCACAAGAAGAUGCGAAACCCCACAAACUUUUACCUCGUGAGCCUGGCUGUGUCGGACCUCCUCGUGCUGAUGUUUGCGAUGCCGUUGGAGAUUUACGACCUGUGGGAGAACUACCCAUUCCCCUUUGGUGAGGGCGGCUGCUACUUCAAGACCUUCCUCUUCGAGACAGUCUGCUUCGCAUCAAUCCUCAAUGUCACAGCACUCAGCGUGGAGAGGUACAUCGCUGUUGUGCAUCCACUGAAAACGCGAUACCUCUCAACCAAUCAGCAUGCCAAACGCGUCAUCACCGUUGUGUGGGGAGUGUCGAUGGUGUGUGCCGUUCCUAACACUUCGCUUCAUGGCCUCUUUUACUUGCCUGAGAGAAUGGAGGAGUCAGCCAUAUGUGCUGUGGUCAAGCCCAUUUGGAUCUACAACUUGGUGAUGCAAAUCACAACUGUGUGUUUCUACUUCAUUCCUAUGAUGAUUAUUAGCAUACUCUAUCUUGUGAUGGGCAUACAUCUGGGUAGAGAAAAACGGUAUGCCAGGAAGAACCUGGGGAAGAACGGCUGCAGCAACACCCGAAGAAGGAUCAGUGGGGAGAAUGGGCGCAGAGGACAGGUCGUCAAGAUGCUCUCAAUUGUUGUGGCUGUAUUUGGAGUCUGCUGGGCUCCCUUCCACAUUGAGCGGCUUCUGUGGAGCUCAGUCAGCCAGUGGACCGACGUGAUGCACAAUGUUUAUCAGUACGUCCACAUCCUGUCUGGCAUCUUCUUCUACCUAAGCUCUGCAGUAAACCCUAUCAUCUAUAGUCUGCUGUCCACGCGAUUUAGAGAGUGCUUCCGAGAACUGGUGUGCUCCCGUUCAGAGGACAACGGCUCUGUAAGAGACUCCCCACCGUUCCCGAGGAUUUUACUGGACACCUCCGUGUCAUGUUCGAGAACUCAGUAUGAGAUUAAGGACUCAAAUUCUACCAUCCCUUUGCUAUCUCCUAGUGUGACUUUGACUAUGAAAACUGCUGUCCUCCCAUGUGUGGUUAAAGAAACUAACUGCAAGACCUCUGUUUUCUGAGAUUUGUUUGAAAUCUGGAAAUCAGCACAAACAUUGUAAACGUAUCGGUGAACAUUUGGGGAAAUGGAUUUAUUUUCUUUCUUACAAACAGACUGAGAUGCCAGUUUGCUAAUUAUCAAACUGUCCUCAUGAUACAGUAAACACAGUCUUUAACCAUUAUUUAAAAAUACGCUUUAAGUAAUGAUUGUGAAACUGGUGGAAAGACACUGGAUUUAAAAUAAAAUUAAGUUACAUUAACUUAGUGACGCUCAUGUCAAUGAAACCCUGUCUCAACACAAACCGUGAAAGAUUUGUUUCCAUAUCUGGAUAGCGACAAUGUAACAGUCCAAGGUAAGAAAAUGAAUGCUAACAUUGUAUUGAUAAGCUGCUGUGUACUGAGCAGCCUUUAUGUGGUAAGAAUCAUGGGUUGUGCAACCUCAGUCUGUCUAAUUGGUCAAUCUUUUUCCAAACACGUUUUGAUUUUGACUCGAAUCUUGAACAUUCAUUCUUUUGUGCACUUGUUGGGCACUUAUUGUGAAGCUAUUUAAAAAUAUGUAUAUGCAUUUUGAACUUUGGAGGGAUAGAGAUAGAAAAAGUCCAGUCAUGAAAUUGACUUGUUUGAAAACAAAUGUAUACACUUGUGCUUCACUACAAUCUUCAUCCCUGAGUCUCUCAAGCUAUUCACACGAGUAUUCAUCUCAUGUGCAAGAGAAGACUGUGCUAGGAAGCGACGACAACAACAAUCUGUGGUAGCUUCUUACGGUCAAACACUUAUGACCUUGAGCAACACACUGAACAAAGUGAACGCAGGAUAUUGUGUACAAGUGGUAUAAUACCCACCUUUCUACUCUAAAGAAACAGUAGACAGUUAAUGAUGCCAUAAACAGAGCUGGCUUGAAGCUUCUUAGACAGCGAAAACAAACUGUUCAAAUAAAUGAGAUAUUGCGGGAUUAAACAGAGCUGUGAGGUUAAUUCUGCUUCAUCUGCCCCUCUUAUUGUCUUUGCCAGACAGAGGCUGAACUAGAUGGAGAGAUAGAGAAUAGGAGCUGUGGAUGCGCUGAUGAAUUCAGAGAAGGGGUCACGUUGAACUGUGAAUUUAUUCAGCUGGCCUUGUCACUUCCUCUCAUAUUGUAAUCUGGAAUAAUGAAAAUACAUCAGCACAACUAACAAUGCUUAAUAUGAAAGGGAAAGAGUUAAAUACAAAGCAGCCAUACUAGUAAGAAAAGGUUCGAGCAAAUGCCUCCCUUUUUUGAUUUGCAGGUUGCAGUUAAGGGUUAGGUGUAAUAAUAAACGCUGUGUAACUCAUUCUCAUCUUAUUACAUUUUUUGCUAGCAUGACAUCAUGAUGUGAACUGAUCCUUUUCUGUUGGUAUAUUAAAAGACAUUUUUUAUCAUUUGUACAAGUUUUCCUUGUCAGUUGUUUUCAGGCUUGUGCCUCACCAAGAAAUGUGUGAGGUACAUCAAGUGAGAGCAAAGCUACCAAGAAUGCAGCGAAAAUUUGCCAGAGUUUUCAAGCAUAAGCAUAAUUGGAUAACACAAUUUCCACCCAAAAAAGUGACUUUAUGAACCCCAGCUUGAGUUCAUAAAGUUAAUGUUUCUUUGAUAAUUUAUCCAGGAAGAUGUCAGGAGAAAUUCUGUCUGAAAGCAAAGGCUUGAAAACUUAACAAACUGGCACCCUAUGGGGGGAUUUAAAAGGGCAGUUGCGAGGAUUGUUGCUUCCGUAAUUCACCACAGUGGCAAAUGACCACUUGGAACAAAAACUGUAAUUUGAAAUACAAAUUCUGGCAUUUACCACAUUGAUCUGCAUAGGCUUACAAAAUCAAAUUUCUGCAUUGAUAUUUUUUUCUUCAUAAGUCAUAAGUUAAAGAAGUAAAAUAAGGACACUGUAGUGUUGGAACUUUUAAAUGUUUGCCAAUUAUUGUCAUAGAAAUAAAUGUAGCUAUAGCAAAGUACAUUCCAAAAGUACAUGAAAAGUAAAAAUCAAGAACUUUUAUUACUCAAAAAUUAUAUGCUCACCAACAAUGAUUGCCUCAGGGAUGCCACCAAUCAAACUAUUUGUAGUAGCUGCAACAUAAACUGCGUUCUGUUCCUCUUCUUAUGUUUGGGUUUUAGAGUAUUUUAAUUCAAACAUUACUUUUAUUUCAAAAUCCUUGGGCAAAGUACUUCCAAUGGAGUAACUUCUUCUCGACCUUUUUACUUCUUCAGAAUUUAUUUAUAGAGAUUAUAAAGUCCUCACUUCAUCCUUUUUCUGUUACCAGUAAGCAGCCACACAUCAUUUCACACGUUUCAUCUUAAAGAUGUUCUUUGUCAUGAAAAUGGUCCAUUCAGUGAUUGUUGUAGGACAUUUUCAGAUGAUACUGUUGAAGACAAGAUAUUAUCAUUCAGAUCUGACUGUGCUUUCCUGCUUUAGUUAGUAUUACACAAACAUUCAUUUUGUUUCAGGUUUGUUUGAAAGACACCUACAUGCUUUCAAAAACAGUACAAUGUUUUGUACUUUCAAUACUUUUGUUUUACUGGCAUCUAAUCGUGAUUAUACCUAUCCGUUUAAGAUUCAAAUAUCUGUACCCUUAUGUAACUGGCAUUGUGCUUUUUACCUUACUUUUUGUUUUCAUUAGUUUUAAGUGUUUUUUUUCUCCAUUGUCUUUUUAUGGCUCUUCAGGCAUACCAUUUGGAAAAACUGAUUGCCUACAUGUGCCAGGGAAGCUUAACACAAAGGAAAAUGUCUCUGGAGAUGGUUUUCUUAUUGCUUGAUUGCUUAUAAAGUUUAAAUCAAGAUUCCACCUAAAAGUAAAUGCAAUUCAUUAAGAAAUUAUGAACGUGACAGUAAAAGACAGUAACUGAAAUACUACUAGGCAAGCAUGCAUUAGAGGUACAUUUGUUUGCUCACCAAGCUACUGUGGAAACAUGGUUAUGCUAAGAAAGUAGAAAGAAUGAUAAAUGGAUGCAUUACGUGGUAAUAGGAACAGGCCCUUUGUUUUCUGAAAAUUAGGCUUUCCUGACAAAAAGCAUAAAAAAGUAGUGAGCAGAAUAAUUUCAGCCUGGAUCUUUUGUCAAAAUUGGAUCUUACUUCCAACACAUUAUUAUUACUUAAAUACACAAUUAGUCAAAAGCUAAACUGUCCACUUCUGUUUUCUACCUAGCUUGUGUGUGUCAGUUAAAAAACACUAACCUCAAUAUCCAUAUUUAGUAAAUUAGGUGCAUUUCAUUUAGCAAAAUUGUUGUUUGAAAUGUAAAAAAAAGAUAAUUAAAUGUAUACUUUUAAGAUUAUUGGAUUGUCAUCAGCUAUAUUGCGCAACAGUGCCUGAUUUCUCUACCUGUUCUCUUCAUUCUGUUAAACGCUGUAUGCCUUCAGGAAGAAAAAAAAAACCAGAGGGAAAGUGGAAAAAGCCAUUGUAAUCGGACUGACAACAUGCUGAACUUGAUUAUUUUUGUUCUCAUUUUGAAAAUCAACGUGUUGCAGAGCAGAAAAAAAAUCCUUUGUGUUUCAGCAGAAAAUAUAAACUAAGAAUGUAAUGCUGUACUGUGUGCUUCCCUUAAUCUUGUUUUGUCUCUUGUUGCUUGGCAGGAAAUCAUCUACGUGAUUUGAAUGACUGGUAAGCUGUUUGCCACUGAUUGUGGCUAUUGUGCAAUGCCUCUUUCUGAAAGUUACACAAAUAAAUGUCUGUCUACUUCGAUUUAGCUUUUGUACAUUCUCCACCCUAUGCCUAAGACGUUUUAAAUAGAUACGUUUUACUUUAAUUAUUGACAGAUGGUUAUAUGACAAUAAUAGGUAUGAUUCAGCUUUCUGAAUGUGCUAUGUGGCUAUUUAUUUUCUAAAGGAAGAGUGAACCUCCUUUAAACCUCAAAUUU